AUGAGUGUUAUAAACGAGUAUAACAAGCACAUCAUAGUGGUUGGUCUGAUGAGCAGAUUCUUGAGAAUGCACAUUACAUGUAUAAAUCUGAAAAAUAACAACUCAAAUUUUAUGCAUGUAGACUAUUGGAGAUUGGUAAAUGAUGAGCUGAAAUGGAAUACAAUGUACCAAUCAAGAGGUGGUAAGAGAACAAAGGUGUCAGAAUCAGGGGCAUAUACUUCAUCGUCCAAUGCAGACAUUAAUGAUGAUGAAGUACAUGAAGUGUGCCCUACUGGCCAAAAGGCAGCAAAGAGAAAAGGGAAGGGAAAAAAAGACACAUACUGCAUUAUAGAGAUUAAUGAACGGAAAGCAUCUGCAUUGGAGAAAUUGGUGACGAUAAGGGAGAAAAAGACAGAAGAUAAUAGGAUGACAAAAUACAUGGAUUAUCUCAUCAUGGACACGUCAUAUAUGACUCCCGAGCAAAAGAAAGAUCAUGAAAAUUUGUGUACUUAUAUUAAGACUAAUUUCCUGAAGUUGUAA